AUGCAGACUACGGCUCCGCCAGCUACUCCAAACUCUGCUAGGAAACGUCAACGGGAUCCAUCUGAUGUCGAAAUUAUUCUACCACAACACACCCAACAUCAACACCAAACUCCAUUCAAUAAUCAGCAACCAUACAAUAUCGAGGAUCGCAUCAGAAAGAAACCAAGACCUUCCGAUCCACAACCAACUACUGCAAACUAUCGAGUAAAGGCUCGCAAUACUGCUGCUCAACUCUUCAAUCAGGUCGUGAAGAACAGUCAUGAUCCUGCUAGAGACAUUCCACCAGUCAACAAGUUCCCUACUACGACCCGUACGAUCGUCAGAGGUCAAGUAAACAACAACACCACCUACAAUAAUAAUAUUGCCGUACAACAGCAGCAACAACCGUAUCAUAAAGCAACAUCUCCACCUAUAGCAGCAUCAGUCACUUCGUCAACACUAAACGCGCUCGUAUCCGAAUCUAAAUCAUAUACCUACGACGAUGAUCAAGUGCUUGAUGAGGACGAGAAGAGCGAAUCGGAAGGAUCAGUGUACGAUGAUGAUGAGGAACAACAACAGCAGCAACCACUUCCGCAAGCAAAGAACGCUGCUGCUAUUGCUACUACGCCUCAUCAUAGGAUACCUCGUGUCGAAGUCACUGUGCCAGUAUCGGGUACUGAUGGAAGAUCAAAAGCUUUGAAUGCUGUCAGGAAUGCUGUCAAGACGUCGAUACGGCUAUCAAGAGAUUAUGAGUUGUCACAUAUAUUGGGCUGGGGCCAUAAUGGGGUUGUCUUGCUUGGAUCGCAAUACAAUUCGGCUACGAGUCGACGCAAGAAGGUGGCAAUCAAACUCAUAUAUAAAAGGAACGAAAACCUUGGUCGCCUUGAAACUAAUGCUCCAUCAGAAAUCACUAUGCUACAAGGUAUACGUCAUCAAUGUAUUGUACAAUAUGUGGCUCAUUGGGAAGAUCCAAAUGUAUGGUAUCUCGUCCAAGAGUUUGUAGGGCCUUCCACCAUCAAGGGUCAAGAGUACAUCACUUGUACUCUUCCACCAGCCAGGAAUCAUCCACACAGUACCAACAAUGCCGAUGCGCAAGGACGCUUGACCAUCGCAAACGACUCUGGCUCUGAUUUAUGGGUGUUAAACAAUCAAUAUCAUCGAAAACGUAAAGAAGCUGUAGCCAAAUAUGGUCAUGCUGCUGGAAACGAAGGAAUGCCACCAUCACUACGACAAAAGCUCUUCAUUCAGAUCGCAUCGGCAGUCGCACACCUCCAUUCCAAUAAUAUAGUCCAUGCCGAUAUAAAGGAAGAAAACAUUGUCGUGACAUCUACUCUUCAACGACCCAAAUGCAAAUUGACGGAUUUUGGGCAUGCAUUCUAUACGAAUGGGACUGCCCGACUCAAAUAUCAUUCAACGUCUCGAUUAUCUGCCCCGGAAUGCUGGAAGAAUGUCGAGUUGAGGAAUGAAGGGAAACAGCAUCAAGAGCUCUUUGAGGGUAAAAAACAGGAUACGUGGUCUUUAGGUUUGGUAUUGUUUAGUAUGAUAAAUGGAGGUCUUCCUUCCAAUCACGAUCAAAUCGUCAAUGGUGACAAGAGUAUCGGGACGAGUGAUUAUUACCCUGCUAUUACAAGGUUGCAAGAGAUUGCUACACCUGACGAAAUGCAUCUCUUAAAACGAAUGCUGGCCAUCAAUCAUAAAAAACGAUAUGGAAUGGACGAAGUCAUGCAAGAUGUCUAUGUUACCAACAAACCAUCCAAACAAAACCAUGCAUCAUCGUCUGGUGGUGGUGGUGGUGGUAGUAGCUCAAGGAGGUAG